CUUACACCUAUUAUUAUUAUUACCGAUAUACAUAUCAAAUUUAAUCAGCAGACUGUUUUAACGUUUUCUUUAUUUCUUUUUCUGUCUGUUAGUCUGAAAAACUUCACUAAUUAUGUCUAUCAUCAUUAUUACUAUCUCUUUUCUUUUGAUGAUGAUGCUGGAAGACUAACUGGUGAAAGGAUCAACUCCAUUCACAUUAGUAACAGUCUUAACACACCUCAUACCAAAAACCACAUAUAAUUAAUCCCAGCACUACUGCCUUUGCAGUCAAACAAAGCUACGACAGUCGAGUGGCGGGACGAGCUACGCAGAAAUUUACCGAAGAUCAAGAACCUUUGCCUCAAAAUCAAGAGGCAAGCACAAAGAAAUAAAAUUGAUUUACACUAGCUCGUAGAAAUGAUAUUGGAUAUUAGAAGGUGCUGCGCGUAUAAUGGCAAGGUUGGAUCAAAGGCGCUCACUUUAAAUAUAAUUCCUCAUGAUGGUAUCUAUACUUCCUGUGUUAAUUGCUGCAUGUCUUUCCGCCUAUUGUGUGUCUUCUGGCAGUGUAUUGGCAACACCCGAAUCUCUUCCAGCUACUUUCCAAGUUCAUUCAAAUAGUUCGGAUAUCUGCCUUUUGAUACAGUUUCAUGUCAACUUAUCUGUAGUCUACACAAAGGCUUCACACCCACCGAUUCAUGUUUUGAUUAAUUCUGCAAACCGUGGCAAAUUUAACUCAACAGGCUUGUGUAGUGAAAGGAAAGAAACUCUGCAGUUAACUUGGACGCAAAAUAAUACAGUUGCUGACUGGAGCCUUGUAUUUAAUUUCUCGCAACAUGAUAAAAGUAAUUAUAAUCUCAAUGAGAUCAGUCUACAUUUCGAACUGGUUAAUUUGCCAGGCUUGAGAAAUGCAUCAAGUAAUCAAUCACUUAUUUCUUGCCCAGUUGGUUCCUUCUAUUCUUGCAAGGCUGAACAAAACUUAGUGCUGAACUCUUCCUAUCCAAGUCCAGUAACUAUCAAUCUAGCUGUUUCUCAGUUGAAAGUUGAGGCAUUUCGAAACGGAGCAAAGCCAGAAUUUAAUGGCAUAAGUAAGUUUAUUUAGAUCCUCUAUAGUGUUGCUGUUAAUGUUUUUGUCUGUGGUUGGUUAUCUUGUGAUUUUUUAGACAGACAAUCCUGUUCACCAUGCCAACAGUCCUAGAUUUUCAUCUCUAUUUUGGCAGUUGGGUAAAUUCAGGCCAGGUGUGUUGGAGAAAGUGCAUCAGGACUAUGUACUCCAUUUAGUGGUUGAAUGUGCACUCGAUAGUGGACUAAAUAAACUCGUUCCGACUAUCAUCGGAAUUUCACUAGCGGUGAUGAUUGUAAUUGCUUUGGUUAUAUUUAUUGUUACCAGUCAGCGUCAUCGAAUUCGUGGUAACGGUGGUGAUUAUCAACAAAUUUAAUGUGUCUGAGGUUUAUUAUCAGUUUUGGACCUAAAAACUAAACCGUAUUACUUUUGACUACAUGAUUAAAGCGGUGAUUCAUGAGACAAUUUAUUCACGAAUACCACUUGAUUCGUUUCACUUGAUAGUGGUAGAACUCAGUUUUAUUCAAAUAUGAUCAACUUUUACAACUGAUUUAUGUUCAUGUAUUUGAUGAUCAACACUCGUUGAUUCACCAUUCCCAUACACCAUGUAGAUUAUGAUUUGCUUAAAAUCAUAUGUACACAUGUGGAUUAUCAGUUUUGUUUGUGUAUUUUAUCACAAACUCCUUUACUCCACCUCAUAUACAAGAUCUUUUAUAUCUUUGAUGAAAAUGUCUGAUUAUUUUUCUGCCUCUUUGUAACAUGAUGAAUGUAAAUCUUAUUAAGCUGCCUAUAAUAUUCGAUUGAAACAAAUAUCAUGUUAUCCUGGUUUUCAAUUGUAAUAAAGUGAAAAUUAGCAAGAACCA